GCGGGGACCGCCCCCAGUUUUCGAGUCCCAGUGAGUCGCACGGUGACGCAGUUCCUGGGCGCGCCAAUCCCGGGCUGGCUGGGAGGGCGGGCUCUUCAAAUUUGAAUUCCCAAGCUGUUUAGGUGUUAGGGAACCUCACCGAGAAAGUGAGCGUCACCUGGGGCUAGGCCGCUGCGAGCUGGGGCCGACUUGGGCCAGAGGCGCGAGUCUUGGGGCGCCCAGGUCCCCCGCUCCAGCACGAAGCCGAGCCCAGACUGCAGCCGUCUCGCCAUGCCAGGCCCUUCACCCAAGGUUCUUCUGGCCCCCUGCUGAAGGUCUAUCCUGAAAAUUGUGUUUAAGUGAAUAUUCUGUUAGAGGAAAUUUGUUGCUACUGUUUAUCAAGAUGAUUGCAACACCUUUGAAACGUCCAGGAAUUCACUUGUCUUCAGAGACAUCUUCUCAGAGGAGAAAUAUGCCCAUGCAUGCAGUAUUUUUUGACAACAUUCCUUCAGGCACACUUACUCCUGUAAAAGAUUUGGCGAAAUAUCAGAAGUCCUCUUUAAAAUGGAAUGACCAUAAAAAGAGUCAGUUCCUAGAAGUAACAGUUUUUAAUAAUAAAAAUAUAUUUCAGUCUACCAUGCUAGCAGAGGCUACCGCCUCUAACAGUUCUCUUGAUAUCAGUGCUAUAAAGCCCAACAAGGAUGGAUUAAAAAAUAAAGCAAGCUAUGAAUCACCAGGAAAAAUAUUUCAAAGAAUGAAAGAAAAAGUACUACGUAACAAGCAAGAACAAGCAUCAAGAAACAGUUUGUUGGAACCACCAAAAAAUGAAAGUAAUAAAAUUUUCACUCCUAACGGAGCUGAGGAAGGAGUAUUACAGCAUACCUACCUCUGUGAAGAAAAGGAAAACAACAAAUCAUUCCAGCCAGAAGACAGUUCACUAAGAGCCUCAGUCCAAGAAGUUCCUUCAGAAUCAUCAAAUAAUACUUUCCUGUCAGUCAAGCAAAAGAUUCAAUAUCAGCAGGAAAAGAAGGCACCUCUAUGCAAUUUAACUUAUGAGCUUCCAAUUCUGAACCAAAAACAUGAAAAUGAUUCAGCUGCAGGAGUCUCAAACAAGGCAUUAACUAGAGCUCAGUUGGCUAGACAAGUUCUUCACUCAAAGGAGAAUACAGUUGCAACCACUAAGUCCAAAAAGGACACGUUUGUUUUAGAAGGCACUGAUUCUACCUGUGAAAAAUCCCAAAAUACCACCAUUGAGACUCUCUGUGUUCCUUUUAAAAAUGGCAGUCAGUUAAUGGUUUCUGAUGAUAGUAAGAUUACAACAGAAGGCACUUCAAAACAGGAAAUUAAGGAAGGAAAUGAGAAAACAAUGCCCAGAGAGACUGAUCUUCCAGGUUCCAUGAAUGAUACAUGUAAAAUUGUGCUUGCAACUCCAAGAUUUCAUAUAGGAAUACCUCAGAGAUCAAAAAACAAUGCCUGGAAGCUUUCUCCAAGUACAUGCCAAACUAUUACAAAUGGAGUUAAAAAAAAUAAGCUACGUUGGGUCUUCAUUGCUGUGCGAGGGCUUUCUUUAGUUGCGGUAGUCCAGCUACAGGAAUGGAUGAUUAAAGUCAUCAAUGAUAACACUGCUAUAUGUGUAGAAGGAAAAUUGAUAGACAUCACUAACAUAUAUUGGCACAGUAAUGCAAUUAUAGAACGGAUUAAGCACAACAAACUUAGGACUUUAUCAGGCAACAUUUAUAUAUUAAAAGGAAUGAUAGACCGGACUUCCAUGAAAGAAGCAGGUUACCCAAAUUAUCUCAUAAGGAAAUUUAUGUUUGGAUUUCCAGAAAAAUGGAAAGAGUACAUUGAUAAUUUUUUAGAACAGUUAAGGUCUUGUGAAAAGAAAGAAGGAAAGGCCAGACAAAAACAGAAAACUGAAAGAGUUGUUCCUGACAUUCGAAAAUCAAUGAAAAAUGAUGCAGGGGAAAAAAAAACAGAUGUCCUCCAAAGAGCCACUGCCACUUAUGACCUUGAUUGUGAUCAUUUGGAGAGAACUGAAGAAUCCAAAGUAUCCGUUGAUAUUCUAACAUCAAGGGAACAGUUUUUCUCAGACGAAGAAAGAAAAUAUAUGGCUGUUAAUCAGAAGAAACCUUAUAUUUUAGUAACACCACUCAAAUCUAAAAAAAUUAUAGAGCAAAAGUGCAUGAAUUAUAAUCUGUCCUUUGGCACCAUUAAAGCAGUAACAGAUUUUGCAGUGCGAAAGCAUCAAAAAGAAAGUAAAUCAAACUUAAGUGAACCUACAAGUCCAAUCAGCAAGCCCACAAAGACUUUAGAAAGUACAUUUGAGUAUAGUGUGGGUCAUAAAAGUAAAAACAAGGAAGAUUGUAGUGAAUGUGAUUUACUCACUGUCAACCAGAAAAUAAAAAUACCUAGUCCUAAAAAGGAACAAACAGUCACCUCUGACUUUAAGAAAAAUACAAGGUUAUCAAAAUUGAAGAAAACUGAAAAUCAAGUAACUGUGUCAUUUUACAAGCAUCAGUCCUCAUCAGAUUUGUCUAAUGAAGAGAGUGAAAAAGGAAAGGAAUUUAGAAGGAAAGCUGGGGUUGUUAAGACAACCAGAGCAAGAAAUACCGAAGAAAUAGUGGUUCACUUGAGAAAAAGCACAAGAAAAACAAGGACAAUCCCAGUGAUGUCUGAAUCUGAAACUGAAGAGAGUGAAAAUGAACUUCAUAUGAAACAGAAGAAAGCUAGAUGUUCUGCUAAAGAAAAUCUUCAGAAAUCUGAUAUUAGGAAUGAGCUUCCAGUUAUUGAGACAAUGGUAUCUGGCAAGACGAACAGGUCUUACUUAGCAUGUUUACCUGGUUUAAUUCAGGAUGAGGAAUGGAAUAAGAAAGAAUUACAGAAACUUCAUUGUGCUUUUGCAUCUCUUCCAAAGCACAAACCUGGUUUCUGGUCAGAGGUGGCUAUGGCUGUAGGUUCUCGAUCUGCUGAUGAAUGCCAGAGGAAAUACAUGGAAGAUCCCCGAGGAAAAAGAUCUCAGAAACAUGUCACCAAGAAAAAGCCAGUCAACCCCAAAGGCAAGAUCAGUGAUUCUGAUAAGAAGCAAACUAUUAAGAUAACUGCCAAAGUGGGAACUCUUAAAAGGAAGCAGCAGAUGAGGGAUUUUCUGGAACAGUUGCCAAAGGAUGACCAUGAUGAUUUUUUCAGUACAACACCUUUGCAGCAUCAAAGAGUACUGUUACCAAGUUUCUGGGACAGUCAAGAAGAGGAUGAUGUUCUGCCAAAUAUGGACAGAAAUCCAACAACUCCAUCAUCGGUUAUCUUUCCACUGGCAAAAACUCCUCAGUGUCAGCAUGUCAGUCCUGGCAUGCUAGCCUCUAUAAAUAGGGCUGACUGUGAUAAAUAUGUUUUUCGUAUGCAAAAAACCCAUAAAAGUAAAGGUGGCACUGUCUGGGGCAAUAUCAAGAAAAAAACAAUUGAAAGUGAUUUUUCAACUCCACCAUCAAGAAGAAAAACCCCAUUUAACAAAGAAUUAGCAGCAAACUCUGGUAUUGGAAAACUUUUCACUAAUGCUAUGGAGUCUUUAGAGGAAGAAGAGAAAGAUUCUUAUUUUUCGAACUCUGAUUCUGCGUAGUAAAAAUGAGAAUAUUUCCAGGAUGUUUAUCAAG